AUGCCAUUUCCUCAGAAACUCUGUCAAGUGAAAAAAGAUAAACAAUUUGCCCACUUUGCAGAUUAUCUCAGAACAUUAGAGAUCAAGAUCCCUUUUGCAGAGGCUCUUAAACAAAUACCUUCUUAUGCUAAAUUCAUGAAGGACAUUUUGAGUCAUAAGAAUGAUUGGAGAGAAACACAAACAGUCCUCCUCACUGAAAAGUGCAAUGCAAUCAUUCAAAACUGUUUAGCAGAGAAACUUAAGGAUUCUAGAAGCUUUAUAAUACCAUGCACUCUAGGUAAUGCUUGCACAAGGACAUCUCUAUGUGACCUUGGAGCAAGCAUCAACCUAAUACCUGUUUCAUUAAUAAAGAAGCUUUGCUUGACUGAGGAAGUCAAACCAACCCGCAUAUGCCUUCAACUUGUUGAUGGUUCUAUUAAGAUACCAACAGGAGUAGUCGACGACAUGAUUGUCAGGGUUAGAUCCUUUUCUUUUCUCACUAACUUUAUGGUGUUGGACAUGGAAGGGCACAAGAGUGCAUCUCUAAUUCUAGGAAGACCCUUCCUAGUUACAAGACAAACCCUCAUUAAUGUUAAAAAAGGGGAAGUAACCCUGAGAGUCAAUGAGAAAAAGUUCGUACUAAAUGCUGUAAAGGCCAUCCAACAUCCAGACAUCCCAGAGGAAUGCAUGAGUAUUGACCUCAUUGAUUCCCUAGUGGAAGAAGUAAACAUGGAUGAGAGUCUCAAGGAAGGGCUGAAUGACAUCCUUACUAAUGCCCAGCCUGAUUUAAAGGAUCCUUUGGAAACUCCUAAGUAA